AGUUGUGGGCUUUUUGUUGGCAAACAAAGACGUAAGCGAGUGUGUUUGGCGAACACUGUCGCGAUGAGUUAAUGAGGAGCUGCAUUAACGUCGGCUUCAUUAUGAAAUGUUUUUAAAGUGUGAUGAGAGAAAGCCUGACCUCCCCCACCCCAGAUAAAGAUAGAGUUGGCUUGUUGUUAGCUGGCUCGGCUAAACAAACCCCGCUAGCCCGCGCUGAUCUUUUUAUAGCAGAGAGGGGGAGCCAGAGACUUACAGCAGACCGACAACCAACCUCUCAUCCCAACAACAGUCCCCUUAUUUUUUCUUCUUUUGAAGUUACCCCAAGCUAAGGAUUGAGUGAGAUGUGAGGGAUGGUCAGCGUAUAAAUAUCUCUGUGGAACUCUGUGUGCGUAAGACUUCUGUGCCCAGCCGUCAGUAUGAAUGGGGACAUGCCACAUGUGCCCAUCACAACCCUUGCUGGGAUUGCUGGUCUCACUGACUUGUUGAACCAGCUGCCCCUGCCCUCCCCUUUACCGGGCACCACCACUAAGAGCCUGCUGUACAACGGGCGUGUAGCUGAGGAAGUGGGGCAUCUGAUGGGCUGCAGGGAUGAAACUCUGGUCUCUCAGCUCGCCAGCGGCCUCAGCCAGGUCUCCACGGAGCACAUAGAGCUGAAGGACAGCCUUGGCAGUGAUGAGUUGGAGGGAGAUGUGCCAGUGCUGCUGCAGCUUUUGCUGUCUAGGAACCCCAACAUCUUCAGGAAUAAGACCGCACCCAGCACUCCCCAGUAUCCGGCCCAAGCGGGUAUAAGUCAGCAGUCAAUGGCACCGCCGUAUAAAAUCACGCAUGGUUCCAUGCAGGGAAGCCCAGCUUCUGCCAAUUACCAAGCCUCUAUGUCCCACAGCCCCUCUGGGCGUUUUGUGCCGGGGCAGUCUGGCUCUGGUGGGCGGUUUCUGCCUCAGCAGAGCAGCCCAGUGCCCAGCCCUUAUGCCCCUCAGAGCCCUGCUACCGGCUACAGACAGUACCCACACCCUCCAGCCUACAGUCAACACCAGCACCUACAGCAAGGUUCAGUAGCAAGCCCGAUGAUUCCUGGAGGCAUGAGAAAUGUUCAUGAGAAUAAGGAUCAGAUGAGGGCGGGUUUCACAUCUCACAUACUGCAGUCAUCUCCACCUUACACUCCUCCUUGCGACGGGGCUCAAGAACUGCAUCUGGGCUCCCCGGACAAGCAGCGCGGUCUAAAGCCCAACGAGGGAGAGCGUGACCCGGCUGAUAAGGCUACAGUGUAUGAUAUCGUGGGCUCGCCCACAAAAGACCCUACUAAGCUAAUCUUGAGGCAGUCACGGGGCAGGGCAGCAGAUGUGGACCUUGGGGGAAUGUAUCCCGGUUCGGACCCAGAAGGAGAACUUGUGGAGGCACUUGCCGCAAUAGAAAGAAUGGAAAGCGAAGCGGCCAUGGAAACGGAACGUGGCGCUAAAGAGGUGCAGGAUAAAGAUAAGCCUUUGAAGAAGCGCAAACAGGACUCUCACCCGCAGGAGCCUGGCGCAGCUGGCACAGCUGGUUCAGGCUCUGGGGCUCCAGGUGGAGGGGGAGGGGCUAACGCAGGGCAUAGGCUCGCCCCUCAGGAGGCCAGCGCCGCGGGCACCAGCGCCAGCCGCCCAGGCCUGCAAGUGAGCUUGGAGCAAGCGGGCAGAGUGGAGGACGCCUGCAUGGGCAUGCCCAUCCCUGCCAGCGAGGCUCAGCGCUGGCCUCAGGAGCCGCAGGAGGGCGUCACCCCGAAGGCCCUUAAACACAAGCAUGACCACGCUCCAGAACACCGGCAUCAGCCCGAUACCCCGCGGCAGAAACACAGACCCGAGGGCCGGCAUGGUGACGUCGGCACGCAACGUGCGGCUCAGUCUGGAAGCAAACCAGCCGAGCUUCCUCCAUACAUGCUGGGUGAAAACACCAGCUCGGGAGUGCUUAAGAACUUCACCAUUCCCAAAAUCAGGAAAGAUCUCGGAACAGGAGAUAUUCCAGAAGGGUGGAAGCAGCCGUGUGUGCGGCUGGAGAGGCUGGAACCAGAGGUGGAUGUAAAGAAGACUGUCAAGCCUGUGGUCGUUCUGCAGAAACUCUCCAUUGAUGAAGUUCAGCGGUUCAUGAGGGAAAGAGACUCGCGCGGCUCUAAGUCUGGCAAGAACAGGCUGUCCUCUGGGAGAUCUGGGAAAGGUGGAAUAGACCCGUCAGUGCUGAAAGAUCUUCCUCCUGAGCUGCUGGCAGAGAUAGAGUCCACCAUGCCUCUGUGUGAGCGGGUGAAGAUGAACAAACGCAAACGCAGCACUGUCAAUGAGAGGCCUAAGUAUGCGGAGGACAGCUCUGAGGACGAGGAGUACUCAUCUCGUAAACGCCAGAAGAAGGAUCGUGACAGAACGUGGGAGUUAGAGGAGCGCGACCGGAGGAGUUCAGGAGAGCAUCGAAGAGGAAGCUAUGACGCACGUAGAGGCUCAGGCAGCCGAUUCGACGACUCUGACCAAGAUUCACCUCCUCCCAGCCUUAGUGACGUUGCAAGACGUUUAAAGUCAAAGGAGAAGCAGAAGAAGAGGAAAGCGUAUGAGCCCAAGUUAACACCUGAAGAAAUGAUGGACUCUUCCACUUUUAAAAGGUUCUCGUUAAGUAUUGACAACAUCUUGGAGAAUCUUGAGGAUGUGGACUUUAAUGCUCAGGAUGACGAUGAAAUUCCUCAGGAGCUGUUGUUGGGGAAACAGCAGCUAAGUGAAUUAGGUAGUGAAUCUGCUAAGAUAAAAGCCAUGGGCAUCACCUGCAGGAUUCCUUCUGAUAAACUGGUGAAACUGUUGAAUAUUCUGGAAAAGAACAUUCUGGAUGGAGCCAGUCUUUCAACACUCAUGAAUCUCGAUAACGACGGAGAGGACGAGGAGCGUCUCUGGCGGGAUCUCAUCAUGGAGCGUGUGACCAAAUCAGCGGAUGCGUGUCUGACAGCACUGAACGUCAUGACAUCAUUACACAUGCCCAAAGCCGUGUACAUUGAGGACGUGAUCGAGAGAGUUCUGCAGUACACGAAGUUCCACCUGCAAAACACUCUCUACCCGCAGUAUGAUCCAGUCUACAGAAUUGACCCUAAAGGAGGUUCCAUGCUGAGCUCCAAAGCAAAGCGAGCCAAGUGCUCCACCGCCAAGCAGAGGGUCAUCGUCAUGCUCUAUAACAAAGUGUGUGACGUCGUCAGCAACAUCUCUGAGCUGCUGGAAAUUCAGCUGAUGACCGAUACGACAAUAUUGCAGGUCUCUUCGAUGGGAAUCACUCCAUUCUUUGUGGAGAAUGUCAGUGAGCUGCAGCUGUGUGCCAUAAAGCUGGUGACGGCGGUGUUCUCUCGUUAUGAGAAGCAUAGACAGUUAAUUCUAGAGGAAAUCUUUACCUCUUUGGCCAGACUGCCUACCAGCAAACGCAGCCUCAGGAACUUCAGGUUGAACAGUAGUGAUGCUGAGGGUGAGCCCAUAUACAUUCAGAUGGUUAGUGCUCUGGUGCUGCAACUAAUUCAGUGUGUAGUCCACCUGCCUUCUGAGAAAGACACUGAAGACGAUCACAAGAAGGUUGACGACGAUGUGUUCAUCACCAACUCGUAUGAAACGGCCAGACGGACGGCUCAGAACUUCCUUUCUGUCUUCCUCAAGAAGUGUGGCAGUAAACAGGGUGAGGAAGAUUACAGGCCGCUGUUUGAGAAUUUCGUGCAGGAUCUGCUGUCUACAGUCAACAAACCCGAGUGGCCCGCUUCAGAAUUACUGCUAAGCCUGCUGGGUAGAUUACUGGUGCACCAAUUCAGUAACAAGCAGACAGAGAUGGCAUUGAGAGUGGCAUCACUGGAUUAUCUGGGUACUGUAGCAGCCAGAUUGAGAAAAGAUUCUGUCACCAGCAGGAUGGACCAGAAAGCCAUCGACCGCAUCAUUAGAGAGAGCUCAGAGGGAGACGAGACUCAGCGGCUACAGAAAGCCUUAUUGGAUUAUAUGGAUGAAAAUGCAGAAACAGACCCUGCUCUCACAUUUGCACGCAAAUUUUACAUCGCUCAGUGGUUCAGAGACUGCACUACGGAGGCUGAGAAGGCCAUGAAGAGUCAAAAUCAAAAGGAGGAGGACUCUGAGGGCACGCAGCACGCCAAAGAGCUCCAGGCCACCGGAGACAUCAUGCAACGUGCAGAAACUCGCAAGAAAUUCCUCCACACCGUCAUUAAAUCAACUCCCAAUCAAUUUACUACUCUCAGGAUGAAUUCAGACACUGUGGAUUAUGAGGAUGCCUGCCUUAUCGUACGCUACUUGGCCUCCACCAGACCCUUCUCUCAGAGCUUUGACAUCUACCUGACACAGAUUCUGAGAGUGUUAGGGGAGAGCGCUAUAGCUGUCAGGACCAAAGCCAUGAAGUGUUUGUCUGAGGUGGUGGCUGUUGAUCCCAGUAUACUGGCCAGGUCUGAUAUGCAGCGUGGUGUUCAUGGCCGGUUGAUGGAUAACUCCACCAGUGUGAGGGAAGCAGCGGUCGAGCUCCUGGGACGGUUUGUGUUGAGUCGACCUCAGCUGACAGAGCAGUACUAUGACAUGCUCAUUGAGAGGAUACUGGACACCGGUAUCAGCGUGAGGAAGAGGGUGAUCAAGAUUCUGAGAGACAUCUGUUUAGAGCAGCCCAACUUCAGUAAGAUCACAGAGAUGUGCGUGAAGAUGAUCCGCAGGGUCAAUGACGAGGAGGGCAUCAAGAAACUGGUGAAUGAAACAUUCCAGAAGCUGUGGUUUACACCAACAGCCAACCACGACAAAGAGACAAUGAAUAGGAAGAUUCUCAACAUCACUGAUGUGGUCGCUGCCUGUAAGGACACUGGCUAUGACUGGUUUGAGCAACUCCUGCAGAACCUUUUAAAGUCAGAGGAGGACUCAUCUUAUAAGCCGGCCAGGAAGGCCUGUGUGCAGUUGGUGGAUAAUCUUGUGGAGUACAUCCUCAAAUACGAGGAGGCACUUGCAGAGCACAAGAGUGUGAACUCCACACGGUUGGUUGCAUGCAUCACCACACUGUAUCUGUUCAGUAAGAUCAGAGCGCAGCUGAUGGUCAAGCAUGCCAUGACUAUGCAGCCCUACCUCACCACCAAGUGCAGUUCUCAGAGUGACUUCAUGGUGAUUUGUAACGUUGCGAAGAUCCUGGAGCUUGUGGUUCCUCUGAUGGAUCACCCCAGCGAGAGCUUCCUGACCACCAUUGAAGAAGACCUGAUGAAACUCAUCUUAAAAUAUGGCAUGACCGUUGUCCAGUACUGUGUGAGCUGUUUGGGUGCGAUAGUGAAUAAAGUGACUCAUAAUUAUAAGUUUGUAUGGGCCUGUUUUAACCGUUAUUAUGGCGCUCUGACUAAGCUAAAGAUACAGCAUCAGGAGGGUACGAACAGCAUGGCACUCGCUGCCACCAAAGCAGCCCUGCUCAGAUCUCUCUUUACUGUGGGAGCUCUCUGCAGACACUUUGACUUCGACCUCGAGCAGUUCAAGGGCACCACUAAGGUUGUGAUAAAGGAAAAGGUUUUGGAAUCAUUACUGUACUUCACAAAUCACGAGGAUGAAGAAGUUAAAUGCAAAGCCAUCAUUGGGUUGGGGUUCCUGUUAAUCAUGCACCCAAGUCAGAUGUUCGUUCCAGAGGUGAAGUCUCUGUAUAACGGGCUCCUGUCUGAUAAGCGGAGCUCCAUCACGCUAAAGAUCCAGGUGUUGAAAAACCUCCAGAUGUAUCUCCAGGAGGAGGACUCUCGCAUGCAGGAGGCUGACAGAGAGUGGCAGAAAAUGUCAAAGCAGGAGGAUUUGAAAGAGAUGGGUGACAUCUCCUCUGGUAUGAGCAGCUCCAUCAUGCAGCUCUAUUUGAAGCAGGUGCUUGAGUCUUUCUUCCACACGCAGUCCAGCGUGCGACACUUCGCCCUCAAUGUCAUCGCUCUGACCCUCAGCCAGGGACUCAUACACCCCGUACAGUGUGUGCCAUAUCUGAUCGCAAUGGGGACGGACCCAGAGCCCACCAUGAGGAACAAAGCGGACCAGCAGCUGGUGGAGAUUGAUAAGAAAUACACUGGAUUCAUCCAUAUGAAGGCUGUAGCAGGCAUGAAGAUGUCGUACCAAGUGCAGCAGGCCGUCUUGGGAUCAACAGGACCUGUGAUCCGUGGUUUCCGUCAGGACGAGUCCAAUUCCGCUCAGUGUUCCCACCUCUACAGCAUGGUUCGCGCGAACAGACAACACCGGCGAGCGUUCCUCAUCUCACUGCUCAAUCUUUUCGACGACAGCUCGAAGAUUGAGGUGAACAUGCUAUUGUUCAUCGCUGAUAAUUUGGCGUACUUCCCCUAUCAGACUCAGGAGGAGCCGCUGUUCAUCAUGCAUCAUAUAGACAUCACACUGUCUGUGUCAGGCAGCAACCUGCUGCAGACAUUUAAAGAGUCUCUCGUUAAGAUUCCGGGCAGGAAGAGCAGGAAGAGGAGACGACGGCGGCGGCGGCAGACACAGCACCAGCCACAGCAACAGCACCAGAACGGUUCGGAAGAGGACAGGGGAGAGCAGGACGAGGAAAGAGAAAGGAACAGCGGAGAUGAAGACUAUAAUGAUGAUGAUUAUGAGGAGGAUGAGGAGGGGCAGCGGGUGAGGAAGCCCAAGCCCACGGAGUGCCCCAAGCAGUCGGAGUCAGAUUCUGAUUCUGACCUUGAUGAUGCCGAUGCUGUCAUGGAGCGUCUGCCUGAAGACGCAGCGUCUCUCCUGGACUUUGCUAGGGCAUCACAGGGCAUACUGUUACUGCUAGUGCUCAAACAACACCUCAAGAACCUCUACGGCUUCUCAGACAGCAAAAUUCAAAAGUACUCUCCCACGGAGUCAGCAAAGGUGUACGAUAAAGCCGUCAACAGGAAGACGUCGGUUAACUUCAGUCCACGGCAGACCAUCGACUUCCUCCAGAAUGAUGAGGUUCAUGAUGAGAUGACCUAUGAUCUGAAGAGGAAGAUUGUCAAACAGUACCUUGACUUUAAGUUGCUGAUGGAGCACCUGGACCCUGACGAAGAGGACGAGGAGGGAGAGACGAGUGCAACCGUGAGGAAUAAAGCCAUCACUGCACUGCUCGGGGGAGCAGCCACAAGCCCCCGAAACCACCACACUGUUGACUCAGAGGAUGAAGACAGUGAAGGAGAGGAGAGGACACCAGGGGCGUCUCGACGCGGGAGGCGCGCGGCCGACUCGGCGGACCUGCUGUUGACGAACAUGAACGAGUCCGUCAGCGCGCUGGACAUCAUCGCCAUCCACUGCCCCAAAUACCGAGACCGGCCACAGAUCGCACGCGUGAUCCAGAGGAACAGCGACGGUUACAACAUCCACUGGAUGGCGGGCUCGUACUCCAGCUCCUGGACCGAGGCGAAGCGGCGCGACGGACGCAAGCUGGUGCCGUGGGUGGACACCAUCAAAGAGACUGACAUCAUCUACAAAAAAAUCACACUCACCAGUGGCAACAAGCUCAACCACAAAGUGGCGCAGACUCUACGGUCACUCUACGCUGCCAAGGACAGGAACUCCAGCUAAUAAUACGUAAACGCAAGCACGCACAUACCUCCCAUUUCGGAUCCUCUCAGCCUAAUGCAACACACACACACAUUCUCACCGUCUCUCCGUAUACCAUCAUGCCUAUCAGCCAAACAUCUCCUGGGUCAGCCAAACACACACAAACACGAGCGGCUAUUCUACACUACAGACUCUUUCUCUCUCUGAUGCACUCUGGGUCUGGCGGUGACAUUUGGCCCUCUGCGCCAGAGUGCAUCGUCGUAUCGCAGGAAUAAAAUGUUUGGAGAAACAUUGUAUGGGUGCUCCUUCGCUGUUGUGCAGCAGAUUUCUGGUUGUUUGAUUUCUACUCCCAGUGUAUCAUAGUUUAACAUAAAAAUAUUGUUUAUAUCUAUAAAAGAAAUUUAAAUAUAUACUGAAUGUUGAAAGAAUUAGUUUGUUGAUGUUUUUACUUUAUUCCUUCCUUUUUUUUUCAUUUUUCUUUUCGGAUUUCUUAGCGUCAAGCGGCUUUCUAUAGCUUAGCUCCUUCUUUACUGGCUGACGAUGACGAUUCUCUCUGUUGAGCUGUUUGUCCAUUUUGUACGAUAGCACCGUGUGGCUGUAAUUUAUUGUGUAUAGCAUGCAGUGUCUGUGAGGAGGGCUGUGUCGAAGGAGAUUUGCGAUUACAGGUCGCCCUGCUCAGCGUAAAGGGACCCACAUGCCUCUGAUGGAACAAAUACUGCAAUAAAUUUUCUACUUCUCUUA